GCGGAGCGACGGUUAAAGAUCCAGGUGGUCGAGACUCAGUGCGUACAUUAAAUACACAAAGUCGUCUGUGAGUGAGUGAGUGCAAUAUUGAGCCGGGGGUAGGACAGAUUAAUGUCAUUUUUAUUGAAAGAUUCCUUAAUUUACUGCAAUAAACUAAAAUCCGUAGCCCUGGGUCGCUGGUCUUUUGAGAGAGCGGCAAAACAUUUUCGCUUGAUAGGAAACUCAGAUUCAAGUAAGUUUUCAGUCAAGCUCCGCCGUUUUAUUACACUGUGAAGACGAUCCCCAUUUUCUUAAGCGUCUGACGAACAGACACUUAGAGAUGUUCAAGAAAAGUAAAAGCAAAGUGUUGGUGGAUUCUGCGUCGGAGGAGGACGACGUGUCUUGGCAUCACCAACAUACUUACAAGGUAAGAAGUCCGACUGGCAGGGACCAAGUACAGAACAUGAUUAGAAAGGUGAAAGGACACAAUAUGUUGAAGAAGGUCAAGUCCAAGAAAGAGAGGAAGGAUAAGAAGAUGUUUUCCUCGAAAGAUGAUGAACAUUUCCUGAUUACGGGAGUCAAACUGGCAGACAGGCGAGGGUCCCACAAGAAAGUCAAAGAGGAGGAAAAGGAGAAGAAUAAGCCAAUCACAGAGAAGAGCCACUGCUUCUGGGACAGCGUUACCAUGACGAUGAGGCAGAUCACGCCCACCAAGAAGCUGGACAAGAUCGAGGGCUGGGAGCCUCCUCAACUGGGAGACAUGGCGGAGACGCUGACCGAUGACACUACAGAGGCCCAGAGCGGGACCAGGGACUCGCCUGUCUCCCUACCCCAGGCCCUGAGUUGUCCGCUUGGGCUGCCCUCCUGGACAGGCCUGGGUCUAGAGGAGGACUCUUCUCGCUAUGCUAACUUGUCAGACUCCAAAGAUUCCACAGCUGUCAAGUGGACAGCUCUCGCCAAAGGCAAGCUAGCGGGGAUCAGGAGGCGGAGCCGAGGGAGUGUGUCAGAGAGCUCGUGGGAGGGGUUUAAAUAAGAGGAACGCCGCUGUUACCUGAGAUCCCUGUGCCUACGUCAAUUCAGCUCCUGUCAAAAGGAAGAAGAGAAACAAGUUGUCUGUCUAUGUGCUUCCAAACAACUGUCCUGGUUGUUCUACUGACACUGAGAGGGCUGCAGAGCACAUUCACCUUCUCCUUUUAUUGGCUUGGCUACCCAAUCAACAGCCAGCUUUCCCUAAAAUGGUCCUAAGAUUGGCAUGGGUGUACUGGAUUGCAACCACAACCCCAAAAAUUGUUGCUUAGAAGGAUUGAUGUUUUUAUUUGGCAGAAAGGUUGAGCCAAGAAAUACCUGGUCAUUUGUCUGUAGGGGUAGACUGUGUUGUCAGUGUUGAGAGAGUUGCUGCUUUGGAAACGGAGAGAAGGAAAAUCAAGGACCACAAUACUGAUCCUUAUACUACCCUCCAACCUAAACUGUGCAACUCUCUGGCCUUAAGUAACUUUUUAUAGGAUAUUAUAAGUCAAGAGAAUCAUUUCUAGAGAUAUUUUGUAUAUCCUUUGUUUAUGUACGUACAUUUUGAAGAUGCAUUCUUUGCUUUGUCACUGUAAGGCAUAUCUAAAAGUGGUUCUUUCUACUGUUCCUUGUCCUCAAGUGUUUCGACAAGGAAUGUGUUUGGGGCCUCGGCUUUUAAUAAGCAUAGCUAAUGGGCUUCCAGGGCUGUGAGCAUGAUCAUGCUGAACUUUAAUACAAGCCUUGCGCUGGCUUAACCAUAAAAGCACAUCGCCUCUGUGUGUGUGUGUGCGUGCGUGCAUGUUACCCAUCCAUGUAACUUCUUAAGUUAUAAAUGUUGACUACAGAGGACACUUCUUGGUUUAUGGUUCCCAUGGUUUCCAAUGAUUUCUCCCAUACCCGUAAUGAAGCCUUUCUGCUCUAUGAAAUCUGCUGUUGGUCUAUACUGUAAUGUGUGUGUGUGUAUGAGUGUAUAAUGAUGUUUGAAAAACGUGCGUAAGCACAUUCAUCUGAUUGAUUAAUUGUUUGAUCAUUGUUUUCUGAUUGCUAGAGUUCAUUUAAGGCCAACCAACCAUGUAGAUGGUUGGACUUGGACAGUUUGACCAAACCUUAAUAAGAAUUCAUGGCUUCAGCCUGUUCACUUUCCUGUCCUUAUUGCAAAGCUACUGAGUCCCUUCUUCUAAAGCCAAGUUUGUGCACGGAUACGGCUAGCCUGCCAAGGUUGGCUGUAUCCUGUAUUUACAAAAAGGCAGGGUCAUAUUUCUCUCCAAGAAUAAAAAAGCUACUGUGGACAGACUGGCUCUGGUUAUUUCAACCCUGUCUCCCCUCUUAGGUUUACUUGCUCAUUUUUAGUAGGCUUUAUCUCUUAGGCUAGUUGACACUUAUUGUGACUGUUUUCACAGAAGCUGUACUGAUAUAUAUAUGGAGCUUGCUUAUGUAACAUCUUGACAGUUUGACACUAUAUGAACUUCUGAUGGAGGCCACUGCCUCAGACAUCUGUUGAGAAUGUUUAGAAGCCUUUAACAGACAUGAAAUGCAAAAUUUAAAGAAACACAAAAAUGUACAAAGCCCAUAUGAAUAACCUUGUUGCCAAGACACUUUUGAUGAAUAUGAAUUAGUGAUGUUAUCUGCCAGAUCUUUCAACAGAAUGACUCCUAUACACAUAGAAACCACAGGAUGGAAUGGCUUUUUAGAAAUAUUUAAUAAUGACAUAAUCAGAUACCAUCCCAGAACAGUCAUGACAGUACCAACAAGCCUUCUUAAACAAAUACAGAUCGGUUAUUGGAAUGGUAAGGAUUAUUAAAAAUGUUCAAAAGGAAGGAUACAAAAUGCUUUUUUUUUUCUUCUCAUAAAUAACUAUGUUUUGUACAUUUUAACUGACAAAAGUUGUUGUAAAAAGUCAUAGUUGUUCAGCAAAUGCACUUUUUCUUUUUAGUGUCAAUGCCUUGAAGGUACGGACUGCAUGGCAAAAGGACACAGAGGACACACACGUAAACAGACUUACACUUGACAUGCUUUCAGUUACUGAGGAGAGACUAACAACAGAAACAAACACGAAGCGGUACAGCUGACAUCAAGCCACCCUCAACAACACAGCCAAUCACCAAAGGAAACGACAACACGUAUCUUCCCAGGUGUUUGGUGGCCUGAAGCAGUUCUCUUUAAAAAGGUCCAUCAAAGCCUCAGACACCUCUUACCCUGUCAAAAACAUCCCACAAACGUUUUCCUAUAAUUCUCUUCGUAUUCCGCUUUGUCCAAAAUGUGCGCAAAAAAAGGGUUGACGAAUGGAAUUCUCCUCUUGGAGCCCUUAGAUCUGGGGGGGGGGGGGGGG